AUGGAGACACCCAUAAUGGUAAAGAAUGCUGGCUUGCUACUUACAACUCUCUGUGUUCUAUGGAUACCUUCAAUGGCCUCAGAAACUCAUCGUCUGCCCAAAUAUAACUCCGAAUCCAUGCAGAGGAGGUAUAAUAGAUGGCUGGCAAAACAUGGUCGAAGAUACAAGACAAGAGAUGAAUAUUUAUUGCGUUUUGGAAUAUACAUGUCCAAUGUUCAGUUCAUCAACGACUUUAAUUCUCGGAACUUAUCAUAUAAGCUAACUGAUAACAAGUUCGCAGACCUUGGCAAUGAUGAAUUUCGGUCUAUCUACUUAGGUUAUAACCACGACACAAGACAGUAUCCAAGUUCCAAUAGCUCAGCACGCUUCAAGGUGCCAACUGCAGUAGAUUGGGGAGAGGAAGGAGCUGGAACCGGAGUAGAUUGGAGAGAGGAAGGAGCUGUAACCGCAGUUAAGGAUCAAGGCCAAUGUGGUAGCUGUUGGGCAUUCUCCGCAGUGGCAGCUAUAGAAGGCAUUAACAAAAUUAAGACAGGAAAGUUAGUAUCUCUAUCAGAACAAGAGCUUGUAGACUGUGACGUUAACAAAGAUAACCAGGGCUGCAGUGGUGGAUACAUGGAAAAAGCAUUUUCAUUUGUCACAGAGAAUGGGGGAAUCACCUCUGAAAAUGAUUAUCCAUACAAUGGACAAGAUAACCCUUGUGAACAAGCAAAAACCAAAGAUUAUGCAGUGACAAUUAACGGCUAUGGAAAAGUACCUCCCAAUGCUGAGGAGUUCCUACAACUUAUACUUUCCCUUCAACCUGUAUCUGUUGCAAUUGACGCCAGUGGUUAUGAAUUUCAACUUUACUCCGAAGGUAUCUUCAGCGGCUUCUGCGGAGUCACACUCAACCAUGGAGUCACAGCCAUUGGCUAUGGUGGAACGGGUGAUGAUCGAUACUGGAUUGUGAAAAAUUCAUGGGGAGAAGACUGGGGUGAGAACGGCUAUAUAAGGAUGGCACGUGGUACUGGAGAUGAGAAAGGUAUCUGUGGCAUUUUAAUGGAAGGUAGCUACCCUAUGAAAAAUUGAGCAGCAUU